CAGGCAUUGACGGGCUGCCUCGUCGGCCCUGCAAAGCUCUGGUGUCUCAAGACUUUCCGGUGUUUGAACAUCCUGGCAUCCGAGACUGCAGUCGAUUCCUUGUCAGUUGACUGGCCCGGGAGAAGGGCUUGUGCGGGCUUGCGGAACGGGGCCGUGCGCCUCUGGGACUUGGACGCAGCGCAGGUGCUUGGGGACUUCACGGAAGGUGCCGAGACAGCGAAGGAGUCCGGCACGGCCGUGAGCGGCACUGUCGUCGACUGCCGUGGCCGGCGGGCUCUGAGCGGCUUCGAAGAUGGACACCUGGCAUAUUGGCACUUCGAUGGGAGAGGCGCAGUUGGCACGGUCUCGGACACGCUUCCACAGGCAGGAGAUCCUCGCAAGAAGAGUGCGAAGGUCUUCUUGGCCCACUACAGUGCGCUGAGGAGCCUUGUGGCGCAUUGGCGGGAAGCAGACAGCCGGGCCUUGGUUGGCUCCGACGAUGGCAGCCUGUCACUGUGGCGUGUCGAGAGCGGCGAAUGCCUUGCAAGGUUUGCCCGCCACAUCGGCUUCGUGUGGGCAAUUCAUGCAGACUGGGCUCGGGAACGCGCAGUGUCUGGAGCCUUCGAUGGCUGCCUAAAACUCUGGGAUCUUCGAACCGGCGAAUGCCUGCGCACGAUUCAGGGCCAUUCACGGCCAAUUAGGAGCAUCUGCUGUGGCGGCGAUCUGAACGGCGAACCUCGGAGAAAAGAAAUCCGACCUGUCAUGAACUGGUCCUCGCUGGAGCAAUUUCCGGCUUGGCGACAGGCGAGCGCGCCCAGCCUUCCAAGGUGCACGAAGACUGACCUGGCGGCGGCCGCAGCAUGGGGAGAAAAGCGCGCGUUCUUCCUGCUCACGUCGCAGACAGCGAAGGAUGAGGAGGGCGAGGCCUCGGCGUCCUCGCAGGUCUCUGUGGAGCUCUUCCUCGGCAAUCCCAGCAGUCCUCAGAGCGCUGUGGUGAAUCGCACGAUUCAGAUCGGCGUCCAGGGCGUCAACGUGCGGAAGGCGCCCUUCUCGCAGCUCCUGGUGGCCAGGGGCGGCCGGGGCCUCUGCCUCGUCGGCGCCUGCGCCGCAGCCGUGGCGCUGCCGGACCUGGAAGACGAAGAGGCGUGCUGGGACUUGCAGGCGGUGGCCCUUUCCGGCCCUUCCGGCCCUUCCGGCCCUUCCUCGAUUCUGAAAGUGGCCUGGCAUCCGCUGAGCGACUGCCACCUGGGUGUCUUGGGCGAGGGGAGCUGGUCCUUGGUGAACUUGAGCGCCUCCGUGCGAGAGCCGGAGUUGUACUUCGACUUCAGGAGGCCCGAGAAGAGCCAGGAAGAGGCGGUGGUGGACUUUGCCUGGGCCAUCCAAGACGGGCCCGGAGCGACCCCGGAAGAAGCCUGGCUCAGCUUGUCGGUGUUCUUCUUGGGAUCUUCGGGACGAAUCUCCUUGCGGAACCCGGUGCUUCCUUCGGUGGCAGUGAUGCCACAAGCGAUGCUCAGCGCGCUGGCCGCGGAUCCGAACGACUGGCUCAGGGAAGCUCUCCUGACAGGGCCCUCCAUGGCUGCGGAGCACUCCGGCGGCUCCUGCGUUACACGGCAUAGCCUGCACCUGCAUGCAAGAGGCCCUCGAACACCUGGUGAGCAGAUGGUGGAGGAAGCUCUGCAAGAUGGGCCUCAGUCUCCCCAAUCAGUCCGGCACGCGAAGAGUUCGUUUUGCAGCUUGCAGCUUGUGAGCCUUUCCCCACUCGUCAUGAUCGCCCGGGCCACGAACUCUGGAUUGAUUCAGCUCUUGGCCUUGGAGGCUGCUCCCGGCCCUGCAUUCACCUCCACCAAAAUCGCCUGCGCCUUACUGGAAGAGAUCGACCUAAUGUGCUCUUCGAGCGAAGCUUCACUGCGGAUGCUGGCACUGCAUCACGAGCCCAACCCGUCGUUUCUUGCCUACUCCAACUCGCUCGUCGCAGUGGUGGACAUCAACCUGCAGGGAACCUCAUCGGUCAGGACUUUAGCAGAGACCAGGUCGGAAGCGAAAGAGAGCGGCAGCACCGAGUUCGCAGGGCUGCAGCUGCUAGACGGGCGGGGGCUACUUCUACGCGUCGAGCGGCGGUCGUCAAGGUCACCCAUAGCUCUUCAACUUCUCGAUCUCGAAUCGAAAGGCAUCCCUGGCGAUAAAAGCGAGGGUCGUGAGCACAGCACUUGCAAAGAGUCACAAGGCUUGGACUCCAUGCGACGUCUGCUCCUAGCGCCACUGAGCUCGGGCUUGAUGACGCCGGACGCGGAGCGCACGGAGCGCUCGGCGGAAGAUGUGGCUCGCAAGCUUUCCCAGCUCCAGGCCCAGCUUGCCAGCCUGUGCCCGCGCCAGGAGCUCCUGCAGCAUCUCGGGAACACCUUGCCAAGCAGAGUGGACAGGCUCACCACGCAGCUCGCGGAGCUCUCGGAGAAGCCCGGGCCGAAGCUUUCCUCUGAGGACUCGGAGCUCUUGGCGCUCGGCUCGCGCCAGGAGGCUUUGCUUGGACGGCAAAGGAGAGUGCUCUUGGCGCUCUCGGCGGAGCUGGAGCUGAGGGCCUUGGCCUCUCUGAGCCAGGAGACGCCCCGGCUCUUCGCUCGUUUCCACGAGCUGCGGCGAGCGACCAAACUCCUGAAAACUGGCAUCCAGGCAUCAAAGGAAUCCAGAAAUGCUGGCGCCCGUUUCGGCUCACCGUCGGCGCAGCUUUCCCUCCAGAGAGGCUGGACUGGCACCACGGCCCAGCACCUGCAGCUCCAGGCAGCCGAAGCCGACUCUGUGGUGGAGGCGGCAGCGGCCAAGUGGCCUUAG